GCAUUCGCCAGUGUGUGCGUGAGGUUGAGCGAAAGAGAGAGAGCGAGAGGUGGAAGAGGAAUUUAGGAAUUUUUUUCGUCUGCAAACUUGGAACUGCGCGGUUGCUCAAACAAUGGCCUAGAAGACUCCCCGGCUGCUCGCGUGUCCUUUCUGUGUUUGUAUCGUCAGCUUAUGAGCGGGACCAAGUCACUACAACAGAUACGCCGGUGGAACAGCAGAAAUCACAGCCAUCAUUCCCUGCAGCCCCUCCACUCCCACAGCUGACCCAGCUAACGGGAGCAGGAUGGAGACUACAUUUGGUCCAACCUUCUCAGCUGUGGCUGCUGGAGCUAAAGCAGAAGCAUCAAGUUCCUAUAAGCAGCACAGAAGAACUCCCUCUUCCUCCAGCACGCUGACAUAUUCCCCUCGGGAUGACGACGACGGAAUGCCACCCAUUGGUACUCCGAGGAGGUCAGAUUCAGCCAUCUCAGUGCGAUCUCUGCAUUCGGAGUCCACCAUGUCUCUGCGGUCUACUUACUCUCUGCAAGAAGAGGAGGAAGACAUGGAGCCACAGGUAUUUGCUGAACAGCCCUCCGUAAAAUUGUGCUGCCAGUUGUGCUGUAACGUUUUCAAGGACCCAGUCAUCACCACAUGUGGGCACACCUUCUGCAGACGAUGUGCCUUGACUUCAGACAAGUGCCCUGUUGAUGCGGCGAAGUUAACGGUUGUGGUCAACAACAUCGCCGUAGCCGAACAAAUCGGCGAGUUGUUCAUUCACUGUAAAUACGGCUGCAGGGCCACAGUCAGCGGUGCAAGUGUCGGUGCGGCCUCCAAUGCCAAUGUGGCGGGGAAGCCGGGAGCGCAUGAAGUGGAUCCACUGGGCUGCCCGUUCACUAUUAAACUAUCCGUGCGCAAAGAACACGAGGCCAGUUGUGACUACAGGCCGGUACGGUGCCCCAACAACCCCUCUUGCCCCCCGCUCCUCACCAUGAACCUGGAGGCUCAUCUGAAAGAAUGCGAGCACAUUAAGUGUCCCCAUUCAAAAUACGGGUGCGCUUUUAUUGGCAACCAGGACACAUAUGAAACACAUCUGGAGGUGUGUAAAUUUGAAGGACUGAAGGAAUUUCUGCAGCAGACUGACGACAGGUUCCACGAGAUGCAGUUGACUUUAGCCCAGAAGGACCAAGAUAUUGCUUUUCUGCGCUCCAUGUUGGGAAAACUAUCAGAGAAAUUAGAUCAGCUAGAGAAGAACCUGGAGCUCAAAUUAGAUUUGUUGGAUGAGAAUCAGAGUAAACUGGGUGAGGACCUUAUGGAAUUUCGUCGAGAUGCCUCUAUGCUCAACGAUGAGCUGUCCCAUAUCAAUGCUAGACUCAACAUGGGGAUCCUGGGAUCAUACGAUCCCCAGCAGAUCUUCAAGUGCAAAGGCACAUUUGUUGGCCACCAGGGGCCUGUAUGGUGUCUGUGUGUCUACUCCACUGGAGACCUGCUUUUCUCUGGUUCCUCAGACAAGACUAUCAAGGUUUGGGACACGUGCACCACCUACAAGUGUCAGAAAACCCUGGAGGGACACGACGGCAUCGUGCUGGCGCUCUGCAUCCAGGGAAACCGCCUCUACAGUGGCUCUGCAGACUGCACCAUCAUUGUAUGGGACAUCCAGACUCUGCAAAAAGUCAACACCAUCCGUGCCCAUGACAACCCUGUUUGUACGCUCGUCUCCUCCCACAACAUGUUGUUCAGCGGCUCCCUCAAGGCCAUUAAGGUGUGGGAUAUCGUGGGCACAGAGCUGAAGCUGAAGAAGGAGCUGACUGGGUUAAAUCACUGGGUCAGAGCAUUGGUGGCCUCCCAGAACCACUUGUACAGCGGCUCAUAUCAGACCAUUAAGAUUUGGGACAUCCGCUCCCUGGAAUGUGUCCACGUCUUACAGACCAGCGGCGGGAGCGUCUAUUCCAUCGCUGUCACCACCCACCACAUAGUCUGUGGCACCUAUGAAAACCUCAUCCACGUGUGGGAUAUCGAGUCCAAAGAGCAGGUGCGGACCCUGACCGGUCACGUGGGGACCGUUUAUGCGCUCGCUGUCAUCUCCACGCCUGACCAGACUAAAGUGUUCAGUGCCUCCUAUGACCGUUCACUCAGGGUGUGGAGCAUGGACAACAUGAUCUGCACCCAGACCCUGCUCAGACACCAGGGCAGUGUCACAGCUUUGGCUGUGUCCCGAGGUCGCCUUUUCUCUGGAGCGGUGGACAGUACGGUGAAGGUGUGGACAUGCUGAACAAACCCCAGCGGUGUUGACAUACUUGCGUGUGUCAGCGAGACCUCAAGACUCCAUUUCCUUCUCGUUUGUUUGUCUUCACGGCCACAGUCCUAAAGACCGUGGAAGUGGUCAUGCCUAACGGGUCCUCAGGGACCCCCUCAUCACACCACGUGCAUUAUGGCGGACACAGACGUUGCCUGUAAAUGCAGUCAGUAAGAUUUUAGUGACCUGAUGGACUGACGAAGGGUAACGCACACUGCUCGAAGAACUUGUCACGGCUGGUUUCACAAACAGUGUUCAUGUUCAAUGCAGCCUCUUGAAUUUCCUAUUUACAGUAUUGUGUAAAGUGAGAUUCCACUCCACAGUGACUGAGGGAAAAAUGUCUCAUUAACAUCUCUCUGCUCCUGCUAAGCUUUGUGAAACCAGCCUUUAACGGAAUAAGUUGCAUCAAAUGUAUGUCAUGCUGGUCAGUCCGGUACUUGUGUAAAAAAAGAAAGAAAAAAAAUACAAAUACGUUUUUAUGAGUGCCAUAUAUGUAAGGAGCUUGAGGACAAUUGUCUAACUCGGUGUCACGCACAUUAGUACCGAACCACGAGCUUUGUGUGCUAACGCAGGCGAAAGGUAGCGAUGGUGGAACCAAUAAACUCCAAAACAAAGUGCCACUGAGCACAUGUGACGUGCAAGCACCCAUAUUGGGUUAAAUAUCGGUCCGUAGUCAUAGCAACGUGUCGGCAACAGCCCACAUCAAAUUUGAGUCUGCCGCACCCACAGAACUUGUGACAUAAACAUUUGAAGACGUAAACAUUAGAGGACUCUCACAGAUGUUACUUUCAUGUUAGUGCACAUAUGACCACUACGUCGAUAUUUCUUGUAUACGUGUAAUCAUGUGAGCUUGACUUGAUCAUCGAUCAAUAAAACUGUUGUACUCUU